AUGUUCUGCACAUCUCUUCGUCGCCGCUCGUCCUUUGCGUCGAUUGCUCCUCUAUUGGUUGCACCGUCCGGACUUGCAGUCAAAGGCACGUCAAGCUUUCUCGCACGCUCAAGCACUUCACACGACAUUGCUCUGCCACUGGUCGAAAUUCCAAGGACCAACAAUGGCCCCAAGUCAAAUCGAGCACUGCGACUGCUGUUGCUAUCGCCGAACAACAUGUCAGAAGAAAGACUUCCAGCCACAAUCGCACGUAUUCAAAACUUCAUUGCACUCACCGGUGGCCUCGAUGUUGCCAUCAUCCUAUCACUCUCGACAUCCAAACCUUUCUCUUCAGCAAAUGCUCUUCUGAACGCUCCGGAUAACGGCAUGGAUGGAUUACGCAGUUACGCAUCUCUCCAAGCACAAUUCUUGACCAGACCGGAGCUCGCCUGGGUGCCAAUAUUGCCUCUGGCAAAGCUGGACGGUAUCGUUGAGCUCAUAAAGACACAUGCACAGUCGAUCAGUCGGCCCAAACCCAGGCCUUCGUCUGCUGUGCGUCCCUUGGAUAUGUUAGCACACUGUUCUCCUGAUCUACCAUUACCUCCUCUCGCUGUCAACUUGGCCUCAGAUGUCUUCCCUUCUUUGAGUCAUGUAGCUCGGGCUGCACUCGCUCGUCGUGCGAACUCAUCGCUCCACGACUCUGGAGGCAUUACUUCGUCAGACGAAUCUCUGCAGAGCGACCUAUCCGGUUUUUGUGUAUUGGCAGAGCAACUGGACUCUGGAGUCGUAGAGAACAUGGUAGACUUCUGGGCCGAGGACUGGGCUAUCGAGUAA